UGCCUAUAAAACCCUAAGUCCAUUUCUUCCCAUCUCCUCUUUCUCUUCUAAAACCCUAGGGUUUCACUCUCCCUUUCUUCUCCAGUGCUUCAGCACCACAUUCUUCAUCAGCAAUGGAGUUUUGGGGAGUUGAGGUUAAACCUGGUGAGACUGUGAAGUGUGACCCUGGUCUGGAUAAAUAUAUACAUCUUUCACAGGCAUCUCUUGGAGAGUCCAAAAAGGACAAGGGGGGUGACUAUGUACCAUUGUUCCUAAAAUUUGGUGACCAGAAGAUAGUGAUUGGUUCACUCUCAUCAGAAAAACUACCCCAACUUUCAUUUGAUCUGGUCUUUCAGAAAGAAUUUGAACUAUCCCACAACUGGAAACACGGGAGCAUCUUUUUCUGUGGCUACAAGACUGUCAUCCAAGAAGGAGAAUCAUCGGAUUUCUCAGAUUCAGAGGAAGAUGAUAUUCCUACUUUGAUCAAAGAGGAAAAUGGUAGGGUUGAGCAGCCCAAGCCUGCUGCUGAGAAAGCCAAGGCUCCCAAGCCUGAAUCUGAUGCUGCUAAACCAAAGGUAAAACCACAGGAAGCAAACAAUGUGCCCAAACCAAAAGCGGAGGAUGACGAUGAUGAUGAAGACGACGAGGAUGAUGAAUCGGAAGAUGAUGAAGAUGACAGCGACAAUGAGGAUGAGGAUAUGCUUGAAGCUAGUGAUGAUGAAAGUGAUGAUGAAGAUGAUGAGGAUGAAAGUUCAGAUGAAGAGCAACCUGUCACUCCCAAGAAGGCUGAUGCGGGCAAGAAAAGGGCUUCGGAUUCUGCUGCAAAAACUCCAGGGCCUGAAAAGAAGGCCAAGGUGGUUACACCUGCUGGUGGAGCAAAGCCAGAAGGCAAGAAGGGAGGACACGUGGCUACUCCGUACCCUACAAAGCAAAGUGGGAAGACUCCUGCUGCGAACGACAAGCAGCAGACCCCGAGAAAACCAGCCACCCCUGCUACUGAUGCCAAGAAGAGUGAAGUUUCUUGCAAGAGUUGUAACAAGACUUUCAAAUCUGAUCAGGCCCUUAACAGCCACAACCAAGCCAAGCACAGUGCAUCCAAGUAAGGAUCAGGAAGAGAAGUUUUUUUGGUUUCAAAAUUUUGAAAGGAAUAUGGGUAAUAUAUGGAAAUGAAUACUUGGUAUAUAUGUGCAUCUUUUAGAUCUAGAGUUUGCCCUUAAUGAAUAGAUGCAAAAGGGUUUUUGGUACUUCAAUCCUGAAAGGCCUUGAGAUUGGUGGAAGGGCUUGUUUUAAACAAUAUUUGGGGUUUAGGAUAGUAUUAUUUGUUAGGGAAAAGCUGGGUAUUUAGAUGUGGAGUUUAACUCUGGUUUCUUGGAUUGCGGUUUCUAUAUUAAUGAUGAGGAGAUUUUUUUUUGCCUAGGUUUCUUGGAUUGAGGUUUCUAUAUUAAUGAUGAGGGAAGUUAAAUC